AUGAGUCGAUCUACUCGAAUUUCCACCCCUGGCCGAGACGAGAAUGCCAAAGAAGUGACAGCCAUCAUGAACGACCUCGCCGAGAGCAAGACAAACACUCCUUCGAAGCGCAAAGUGGGCGCAGAGGAUCCAAGAGUCCUACCUAAUGCCACACCUAAGCGAAGAGUCACCUUGCAGCUGACUUCUGCACCCAACACUGUCUCACCCCGCCGCUCGUCUAGCCGGUUACGAUCUCGAGUCUCUUUACCAGUGGUAACCCCAGUAUUUCGCGCUGAUCAAGUACAAAUACCAGUCGAAGAACAUGACACACGACCGCGCAUGGAGCCAAUCAAGAAGCUGAGGCCAUUGAAUAAACAGAAAGAAACCACCGACUCUCCGUUCAAAGGCUACGGUGUAUUAGACCCCAAGGGGAAUGCCCGUGUGAAUCUGGACGACUCACCUGCGAAUAAUACUCGAGGAAGAUGGCUGGGAAAGAUCUCACAGUCCUUACAGAAGACUAGGAAUACCUCUGGGAAACCUAUCAAAACCCUAAAGCGGGUCAAGGGUCAGGGCCGCAACUUGCCCACCCGGUUAGUCAGGAAUUCCAUCAUGGAGGAGGAUCCGAUCGAGGCCGCAGCGCGAGAGCAAGAUGAACCCUUGACGCCAGGACUAGGUUCGACCUUGGUAGAUGGAAAAGCUACUGCAGGAGCUUUGUCUCGCAGCAACCGAUUCUCCCCUCUAAAAGCUGAUACCAGACGUGGCAAGAGCAAAAAGGCAGAUUUAUCCCACCUCGUUGACUCUGAACAGAUCAACCAUCUUGAAAAGGAGUCACGCGAUGAUGAUGCCGAUGAGCCUUCCAACACGUAUAAUGAAGAAGGUGAGGGUAAUAGGGCCCCACAAUCCAUCAUCCAGCUUGCAGAACAGACCACAAAGGUACCUUCCCCAUCGAAAGCUAUUGCACAAGACAUAGGCGAUGAGGAUGGCGUGGAAAUAGCGACUCCGGACGCCGGAGUCUCGCAUCCAGAGACCGCAAGGGACAGAAGAACCAGAAUUCAGGCUGAAAAGGAAAAGAUUGAAAGGGCGCGCAUCCUUCAAGAGCGCGCACUCAAAGGCGUCAAAGAGGCCGUCAAGUACCAUGGUCUCGCAGUACCCUGGACUGAGCUCCUCACAGCCAUGCUGGAAAUCGAAAGGAGUCGGUCGACAAGUUCGCCGACUUCUAUUCAAGGGAGAGGAGCCCAUCGUCCACUGGCCGAGCUAUUCUCCCACUACCGAGACCUCGCAAGAGACGAGCCUGCAGAUCCGGCAACAGCAGCCGAGUCCAUUGGCAACAACCUUCGUAUGCUCAAGGAAAGAAUCGAACACGGACGAGAACUCCAGCUUCGUGCUGAAGUCCGGACACGAAUGGAACGAGAAGAGUUAGGAGAAGACAUGUACCAGCAUAUCUUACCUGGGACGAUCAGGCUGGCGAAAAUGAUACUCAAGGCUCGCUUCAGGGAUGAGCAAUUAGGUUUCCACGCCCAUAAAGAAAUCAUGCGAGUUCUCGACCUGAUACAGAACGUCGUUUCCAUCUGCAGAGAGUGGACACCACGGCCCAGCCUCGAAGAGGGAAUCAAAGCUCUGACCCGUACCACGAUUAGGAAAAGCGUCCACAGCUUAAUAGUUACUUACGAAUAUGCAUUGACCGAGCGCCACCGAGAGAUAUAUCUCCGCGAAUUCAACGCGAGGCGAGCGGCAGAAUUACAGGAAUGGAACAUGACCCUGGCGCGCAAACGAGCAGAGAUCACGCAGCGACAUCAAGCGUCACAAUUCAACCCGCAGCCAUCUCGGAUCCUGCACACUGAACCACUUGUGGUCAUGCAGAAAGACUGGCCGCAGCAUCCCCGUGACCAAGUCCUUGACAUCGACGACAUUGUGAUCGCUCCGCAGGGGGACGUGAGGACGCUCUCGGCUCCCAUCCCAGACCUUGAGCCAGAAGAGUGGAGUGAGGAAGAAACGGUGGCACUGGUGAACGCACUGCAGCAGUACACCUCGCCCAGGACACGGUUCCAUGAUAUCAUGGCUGACCAGGGAUGUGCGCCGUACGGCGUCCUCGCCCGCUUCGACAUAAACGAUCUUGUUGCCAGGGCCAAAUGGAUCAAGGCCAGUAUGAGGACCCAGCUUGAAGGGUGUGCCCACGAGGCUCCCUUGGGUAGUGAUUUCGAUUUCCUGCGCUCCGUUCCAGGGUGA